GAGCUUCAAUGCACGCAAGUUAUAGGAAAAGAAUAUUUGGUAACUGUAAAAUGUAAAGACUUACCAAAUUUAAUAAUUUUGCAGACAUGGCGCCUUUAGGGGCUUCGCUAGCUGCUGUUUUGGGGAUUUUGUUUUAUUUCUAUGUAAAUCAGCAAAGAUUGGUCAGUGAAGAAGAUAACUUUGUUUUAAAUGAAACCUACGACUUUAUUAUAGUAGGGGCAGGGUCAGCCGGAUGUGUCCUUGCCAACAGACUUUCGGAAGACGUGCUUUCUACUGUGCUUAUCGUGGAAGCCGGAGGUUCCGAAGAAGAAAAUGAAGCUAUGCAUAUACCUGUUGCUUUAGCGGAAUUAAUAAAUUCAAAACAGGAUUGGGCAUUUAAAACCAUACCCCAGGAAAAAUCCUCAAUAGGAUUAAAAGAACAGAAAAGUGCCUGGCCCAGAGGAAAGGUACUUGGAGGAUCUAGCUCCAUAAACCACCUGCAUUACAUGAGGGGAAGCCGCCAUGACUUUGAUGGAUGGGCCAAAGAGGGAUGUCAGGGAUGGAGCUACAAAGACGUCCUGCCUUACUUUAUCAAAUCAGAGGACAUUCAAAUACCUUACCUGACUAAUUCAAGUUACCAUGGACGGGGUGGGCCUCUUGUCGUGAGUUCUGGGGUAGCGACUUCUCUCAGUGACCGGGUGUACAAACGGGGUAUGGAAGAGCUAGGAUAUAAGACUGUGGACUGUAAUGGAGAGUCACAAACAGGUUUUUGUUUUGGUCAAGAAACUGUCAAAAAGGGUGAGAGAUGGAGUACAGCAAAAGCGUUUCUACGACCUGCAAUGAAUCGCCCAAAUCUCCACGUGACAACAAAAUCUUAUGUUACAAAGAUCCUGAUAGAGAACAAAAAGGCAGUAGGAAUUACCUUUAUAAAAGAUAAUGUUAAACACCUGAUUAAGGCCAAGAAAGAGGUGAUUAUUUCUGGUGGUGCCGUUAAUAGUUCUCAGAUUCUUAUGCUAUCAGGAAUCGGACCAAAGGAACAUCUUUCAGCUUUAAAGAUUCCAGUGGAAGCAGACUUACCUGUAGGUAAUAACUUAGAGGACCAUACAAUGCUCUUCUUGUUGUUCCGAGACAACUCUUCCUCUGGUCUUAAUCCAUGGAUCUGGUCCUUCUUGCAGUACCAACUGUUCAGGUCAGGUCCCUUAGCAAAAACACAUCUAGAGGCAGAUGCGUUUUUUGGAGACGACAAACAGGCACCCCCUUACUUCCAAGUUUCAUUUUAUAGUGUCCCGGCUACACCAUCCUUCGCAAAUGAGUUUGCUAAAUUGUCAAACUUGAAUCCAAAGAUAGCAGAUGGUUUUCAAAGUUCCUUAAAAAGAAUAUUAGAAGAGUCUGGAGGAACAUUCUUUGCAACAAACAUAUUUCUCCGACCAAAGAGUAGAGGGACAAUUCGACUCCAGAGCACAGACCCUUUUGAUCCGCCUCUCAUAGAUCCUAACUAUCUAGAUCACCCGGAUGAUAUAAAUAAUUUCAUGAAAGGAAUACAGGAAAUGAUGCGAUUAGCUUACACCACGGCGUUUAGAUCCGUGGGUGCCUCACCUUCUGACCCUUACAAAGAGUACUACCCACCCUGUAACUCCCUGCCCUACCCUUCUGAUGAGUACUGGAUAUGUAGACUAAGACAUUAUAUGAACACUCUCUUCCAUCCGACUUCUACGUGCAGAAUGGGAAAUUACAACGACGACGCUGCCGUAGUCGACCCACAACUUAGAUUGAAAGGUAUCAGCAACUUACGAGUAUUAGAUGCAUCCGUCAUGCGCCAUGUCACUUCCGGAAAUACCAACGCUCCCACCAUUAUGAUAGCAGAAAAAGCGGCAGAUUUGAUUCGAGGAAUAGACAGUGUUAAGGAUAUUCGAAACAAUACCGAAUAUUUAUAGCAAAGAUACUUGACCCAGGUUCGGUUCCUGCAAGAGAAAAUCUUAACUUUUAAGUUUUUACGAAAGUCUAGAAAUGGGUAAAAUCAGAGAUUUUUUCGAAAUUGUUUUUACCUGCAUGCAUGUAUUUAAAAAUUUUUUUUUGUACUCAUGAUAUGAUAUCAGAUUUUUAACAUAUACUAUUUU